UUGUUACAAUGACAGCUUCCACACUAAUGCCACAGCCAGCCUUGCCCACUUUAUAUUCCUCGUUACGCUUCUCGUAUUAAAAACAAAAAACCAUAUUUUACUUAAAUACCCCUCCAAAUUAGAAAAGGUUAUGACAAAUCCACUUCCCCACCACAUCCCCCAGUGUUGGACGGUGGGGUCUCCACCGCCUUUUGCGAUCAAUCCAUCCCAACCGUUCGAUCUAGCUCGGCGCUUGUCCUAAUCCUCCUCCCUAGCACGAGCGUCAGUGGACACCCCCUUCCCUAUCCAAAUCCCUAACGUCCACGUCAUCAAUCCCUCACGUGCUUUCCGCAUGCCACGCCACCCCCUAACCCCCUCUUCUCCUUCGCGUCUCUUGUUAUCUAUGUCGGCGUACCUUUCUCUUCUUUCUCACAGUCUUUUCCAGUCUAUCUCUUUUCUCUCUUUCUUAAUUUCGUUUGCCGAGAUGGAGAACGGGUGCUCAUCGGCGGUGAUCGAUGAGGAGAGAAAACCAUCGGAGGAGGCGACGGCGGCGGGGGCGAGGAAGGAGCGGCCGUACAGAGGGGUGAGGAUGAGGAAGUGGGGGAAGUGGGUGGCGGAGAUAAGAGAGCCAAACAAGAGGUCAAGGAUUUGGCUGGGGUCUUACUCGACGCCGGUGGCGGCUGCUAGGGCUUACGACACGGCCGUCUACUACCUUCGCGGUAAGUCUACGCGGCUUAAUUUCCCCGACGAGAUCUCCGCCGACGAUGACGCCGCUGCCGAACCACUCUCCGCCGCCUCGAUCCGGAAGAAGGCCACCGAGGUCGGCGCUCGUGUUGAUGCUAUCCAAACCGGCUUGCUUCUCUCUCAGCCCAAGCCCAAGCCCGAUCUCAAUCAACAACCCGGCCCUGAAUCCGAUGAGGAUUGUUAGACCGAAAGAAAGAAAAGAAGAAAUUUAGAGGAUGGGGAGUAGUGGUUGGGCUAAUUGGGUUCUGUUGUUGGAGAUAAGGGUUGAAUCGAUGAGGUCAUCAAGAUGGAUGGUAAUUUUGAGAGGUGUACAUGUGGAGACCGGAGAGGAAGGUUGAGUUUGGUCGGUUUCAUUCUUUUUCUUCUUUUCUUCUUGGAAAGACUAUGUGGAACCGGGGCGGCUGCGAUGUAGACGCAUCAUCAGGCCUCACCUCAACUGGCGGCCUAAAUUGGCUUCUUGUAAAUAAAUAAAUAAAUAAAUAAAUAAAUAAAUAAAUAAAUAAAUAAAUCAAUCAAUCUAUAUCUGUUUACUUUAUACUUUAUAUAUAUAUAAUUUAUAAUUUAUGCAGAUGAUGUUUUUAGUUUUACUGUUGUAUGUAAUAUGAUGGAUGCUAGUGGUUUUUUUUCC